AAAAUGUCUGAUUCAUCAGAAAUGAGAAACUAAUACUUUAUAAAAUAUUCUGAUAGUAAUUUAUUAGGUAUGGGUUCGUUUGGAGAAGUAUACAAAUGUUCGAGAUAGGGUGAUUCCGAUUCUAAUUCAUUAUGCGUAAAAUUAAUCUAAAAAAAUAAAAACAUAAUCAACUAAUAAAAAUAAGGAUUGGAGAUUUAGAAGAUAUUAAAGAGUCUUAAAGCAGAAAGGCUAAUACGUGUAGAGAAUUAUUUUAAUUUGCCUCAUCAAUUCGAAAUUAUAAUGGAAAGAUGUGAUAUGGACUUAGAAAAAGAGUUUCAAAAUUUACUAAAAUAGAAGUAAUGGUAUGAUCUUAAAGAAUGUUUAAAUAUUGUUCAUUAGAUUGCAGAAGGAUGUCGUAUAUUAUAUGAGCAUAAUAUUAUUCACAGAGAUAUUAAACCUCCUAAUAUUCUAGUGAAAGUGGAAAAUAAGAAUAAAGAUAAUGAAAAGAAGUUGUAUAAAGUAAAUUACAAUGUAUUGAUAAUAGAUUACGGAUUUUGACUUUAGCAAAAUUUUAGAUGCUUUUCACUUACCUAAUGCUCUGCUCACAUGCGUUGGAACCGCAACUCAUUCCUCUCCUUAAAUAACCUUUUAGAAACCUUAUUCAGGUAAAUGUGACAUUUACUCUUAUGGGAUAUUAUUCUAUUAAAUAUUUUUUCAAGGAAAAUUACCACAUUCUUAAAAAAAUUCUUAGCCAAAAAAUGCUCAAAAUAACUAAUAAUUAGGAUAUAUUCAAUGGUUCUAACAAAAUAUUAAAACAUAAAAAUUUAAAUGCAAUCUUCCAAACUACGAUCGCGCUAAGGAAAUUGUUGAUUUAUUGGAAAAGAUGAUUGUUUAUGAGGAAGAGGAAAGAAUUUCAUUUGAUCAAUUUUUUCUACAUCCAAUAGUAAACCUAGAAGAAUAUGAAAUUUUCAAAAUACAAACAGUCCAAUUUAGAAAAUAUUAUUUUUAUAAGUCGAUUUGGAAAAAAUAUUAAGAUGAGAACGAUAUUAAAAUAAUGAUUUCUGUUUUGUGCUUGUAAUUAUUAGGAUAUUAGGAGCUUCUUUAUUGCAUGGGAUUUAUCCAUAGUAUCAUAACUGAUAUUCACCCAUCUUAUAUUUUAAACAAGGAUAUCACUGCUAUUUAGAGGAUUUUAUAAUCAUGUGCAAAAGAUAUCAAUUUAUAUCCUAUGUACCAGAAAUAAGUCAAGAAUAUAAGAACAGAAUAUUUUUAAAUGAAGCAAAUAUUAAACUUGUAAGAAUUAAAAUACUACUAAUUUAAAUAUUAGAAACCUCUAGAGGACGAAAAUAUUCAACUCCAAAUUAUAAUUCCAAUGCUGGAAGGAAAAAGAAUUCAACCUUAAUUGAUGUUUGAUACAUUAAGGUCGCUUUUGGAUCAACAUUUAAAUGAGUAAUGAUUUAUAGUAGUAGUUAAGGGACUUAAAAAGCGAUAUUAGAAGGGUAGUUUAAUAUUAAGAAAAGUACCCAUUUGAGAAAUAUAGAGAUUUAAAUCCAGAUGAAAUUUUUGAAUCAGUUUGA